UGACGUCAGGCCGCGAGGUGCUUUCCAGCCGCGAGCUGUCAGGCCGAGUGUCAGGCCCGGCAGGCUUGCCUGAGGUCCAUCUUAGCCCCUAGACACCAUGUCAGACAGUGAUCUGGGCGAGGAUGAAGGCCUCCUCUCCCUGGCAGGCAAGAGGAAGCGCAGAGGGAACCUGCCCAAGGAGUCGGUGAAGAUCCUCCGGGACUGGCUGUACCUGCACCGCUACAACGCCUACCCCUCUGAGCAGGAGAAGCUGAGCCUUUCUGGACAAACCAACCUGUCUGUGCUGCAGAUAUGUAACUGGUUCAUCAACGCUCGGCGACGGCUUCUCCCAGACAUGCUUCGGAAGGACGGCCAAGACCCCAACCAAUACACCAUUUCCCGUCGUGGGGGCAAGGCCUCAGACGUGGCCCUCCCCCGUGGCAGCAGCCCCUCGGUGCUGGCUGUGUCUGUACCGGCCCCCACCAAUGUGCUCUCCUUGUCUGUGUGCUCCAUGCCACUCCACUCAGGCCAGGGGGAAAAGCCAGCGGCCCCCUUCCCACAAGGGGAGCUGGACGCCCCCAAAUCCCUGGUGUCCCCUGGUAACACACUCACCUUGCUGACCAGGGCUGAAGCCGGAAGCCCCACCGGUGGACUCUUUAACACACCACCACCCACACCCCCAGAGCAGGACAAGGAGGACUUCAGCAGCUUCCAGCUGCUGGUGGAGGUGGCACUACAGAGGGCUGCUGAGAUGGAGCUUCAGAAGCAGCAGGACCCGGCACCGCCGUUACUGCGCACUCCCAUCCCCUUGGUUUCCGAAAACCCCAAGUAGGCAUCUGCCAACAGUGGUGCUCAAGGCUCGAGCCAGCUGUUCUGGGUUUCUGUUUUGGUUCCCUUUCAUACAGAGGGUUUUCUUUGGAUCACUGCCAAACAUCAGGAUCAUCUCCUCUGUCCAGGGUCUUCAGCAGGAAGACACCAGCUGGUGUCACUGCACUGUGAUGGGGACCUCUCUGCUGACUGCCGUUUCUCCAGGCCUCAGGUGAUGAGACCGAGAGCGGAGACAGGCAUGGUGCUGCUGCUACUUCUCCAGAGAAUCCGCAGGACCCUUUGUUCCAGUCUGCUUCUCCUGGGCUGGGCACAGGAAACCUGCCAAGUUCAGACCUAUGCUGGGUCCAAGUUGCCCCUGAGCCAGCCGUUUUGUUAAGCAAAGUGGACAUUCCAAGUUCAUAAGUGUGAACAAAAGAAAAGAGGAACCCAGCAGAUGUAAUAGAACCGACUCCAGUUGAAUGUUCAGGUUUUUGCUAAACUUGGUGUUCAUUUUUCCCUUUUUGCUGUGGUUUGCGUUCGUGGGGGCAGUGAGCCCAGGUGUGGGGAAUGAGUGCAUUGUGUGAUGGAGUCAGAUGAACUGGGCUGAUCCACCACUGCAACAGCUGAUUGUUUCACAAGGAAGGAGUAUUUUCAUUUGAGGGACCAGCUGAAUCCCUGCAAAAUUCCAAAUGGUUGUUUUAAUGUUAGUUUGGUUUACCAAAAAAAGGAGGAAGAAACUUACAGGCUUCGGCUUUUCAGUAUCAGGCACAGGAGCAUAAAGCCAGAGCCAGCAAGAGGGUCCAACAGAGAAUCUGACCAAACUUUCUAGGCACAGAGCAGAGAAGGGUGGUAAAACCAGAGUUGUUUUUUCUGUUUUUGUUUUUACUGUACUUUUGGGGGUGGGGGGAGUAAGUUAGACUGAGGCAGUAGGGUUUUUGUUUUUUCUCUUUAAUGUUUUCCCCUCCUUUAUCCUUGGAAGAUUUGCCCUGCAGCCUGAGUUUGGGAUUCCUUUAGGAACUUGGAUUAGUGGGGCCAGAAUAUCAAAAGCUCCAUCUACUGGCAGCUUUUCUCACAAUGGCGACAGGAAACUGUUCCUGAAGAAAGCCGGGAAUCCUGCCCCCAGCUGCCUGAGGACUGCCUUCUGAGGAGGCUGGGCUGGGAAUAGAAGCCUGUUCACGCUGGUGUCUGCUAGUGUCUUCGUGUUGCACCUUUCUUUAAACUGGAGUUGCAGAGGCCCCUGCCCUGAACUUCACAGCAAAACAGACCACAGCUGGUCUUUCUCCUCUCUUCCCUGUUUUUUAUUUUGCCGGUUUAUUGCUGACAGCAUUCAACAGCAGUAUACCCUAUCUUUAUAUAUCCUAAGAAACACUAAUUCUAGGUUAUUAGCCAAACUAUUUUUGUUCUGAAUGACAUUGUUACUGGGCCAAAAAACAGGUCAGUAUCCCUAGCCUAUAGUUUCCUGAAGUUGCCAGGUCAGGCACAAGGGGGAAGAGUUGUUGGGUGUUGACUGACUUGGUUAGAUCUGGCCAGGGGAAAAGGCAGAAACAGGUGUUCUGUCCUUUUGGGGAUGAUCCCUGAAGGCUUCAGGGAGGCACCCUCACUGAGUGGCUUGGCCCACCUGUUGCUGUAGGUGUGGGGAUUAGUAUUUACAGAGAGGGAGCUUUGCUCUGACUGGGAAGUUUCCUCAGCUCUUUUGCCUCCUCCCUCCUCUUGUGCCCUCUCCUU